GCUGCUUUUAUUCGUGAUGAAAUGAUGCCAGGAGAGUGGGAUGUUUGUGUUACUUCUUAUGAGAUGGUAAUUAAAGAAAAAUCUGUAUUCAAAAAGUUUCAUUGGCGAUACCUCGUCAUUGAUGAAGCUCACAGAAUAAAGAAUGAAAAAUCUAAGCUUUCAGAGAUUGUUCGUGAGUUCAAGUCAACUAACCGCUUGCUCUUAACUGACCCUUUGCAGAAUAACCUGCAUGAACUGUGGGCCUUACUCAACUUUUUAUUGCCUGAUGUCUUUAAUUCUGCAGAUGACUUUGAUUCUUGGUUUGACACUAAAAAUUGUCUUGGGGAUCAAAAACUCGUGGAAAGACUUCAUGCAGUUUUAAAACCAUUUUUGUUGCGUCGUAUAAAAACUGAUGUAGAGAAGAGUCUGCCACCUAAAAAGGAAAUAAAGAUUUACUUGGGACUGAGUAAGAUGCAGCGAGAAUGGUAUACAAAAAUCCUGAUGAAAGAUAUCGAUGUUUUAAACUCUUCUGGCAAGAUGGACAAGAUGCGACUCUUAAACAUUCUGAUGCAGCUUCGAAAGUGUUGUAAUCAUCCAUAUCUGUUUGAUGGUGCUGAACCUGGUCCACCUUACACCACUGAUGAGCAUAUUGUCAGCAACAGUGGUAAAAUGGUAGUUCUGGAUAAACUAUUGGCCAAACUCAAAGAACAGGGUUCAAGGGUUCUCAUUUUCAGCCAGAUGACUCGCUUGCUGGACAUUUUGGAAGAUUACUGCAUGUGGCGUGGUUAUGAGUAUUGUCGACUGGAUGGACAAACCCCCCAUGAAGAAAGAGAGGAUAAAUUCCUAGAAGUGGAAUUUCGGGGUCAAAGGGAAGCAAUAGAGGCUUUUAAUGCUCCUAAUAGUAGCAAAUUCAUCUUUAUGCUAAGUACCAGGGCUGGAGGUCUUGGAAUUAACCUGGCAAGUGCUGAUGUGGUUAUACUCUAUGAUUCAGACUGGAACCCACAGGUUGAUCUACAAGCUAUGGAUCGAGCACAUCGUAUUGGUCAGAAGAAGCCAGUACGUGUAUUCCGUCUCAUCACUGACAACACUGUUGAAGAGAGGAUUGUAGAAAGAGCUGAGAUAAAACUGAGACUUGAUUCAAUUGUUAUACAACAAGGAAGACUCAUUGACCAACAGUCUAACAAGCUGGCCAAAGAGGAAAUGUUGCAAAUGAUACGGCAUGGAGCCACCCACGUUUUUGCUUCUAAAGAGAGUGAGUUGACAGAUGAAGACAUUACAACUAUUUUGGAAAGAGGGGAAAAGAAGACUGCAGAGAUGAAUGAGCGCCUGCAAAAAAUGGGAGAGUCUUCUCUAAGAAAUUUUAGAAUGGACAUGGAACAAAGUUUAUACAAGUUUGAAGGAGAAGAUUAUAGAGAAAAACAGAAGCUUGGCAUGGUGGAAUGGAUCGAACCUCCUAAACGAGAACGCAAAGCAAACUAUGCAGUGGAUGCCUACUUCAGAGAGGCUUUGCGUGUCAGCGAGCCAAAGAUUCCAAAGGCUCCACGGCCUCCAAAACAGCCAAAUGUUCAGGAUUUUCAAUUUUUCCCACCACGCUUAUUUGAGCUCCUGGAAAAGGAAAUUCUUUAUUAUCGGAAGACAAUAGGCUAUAAGGUCCCAAGAAAUCCUGAUAUCCCAAAUCCAGCUCUGGCUCAAAGAGAAGAGCAAAAAAAGAUUGAUGGAGCUGAACCUCUUACACCAGAAGAGACUGAAGAAAAGGAAAAACUUCUCACACAAGGUUUCACAAACUGGACUAAACGAGAUUUUAACCAGUUUAUUAAAGCUAAUGAGAAAUAUGGAAGAGAUGACAUUGAUAACAUAGCUCGAGAGGUAGAGGGCAAAUCUCCUGAGGAGGUCAUGGAGUAUUCAGCUGUAUUUUGGGAACGUUGCAAUGAAUUACAGGACAUUGAGAAAAUUAUGGCUCAAAUUGAACGUGGAGAAGCAAGAAUUCAACGAAGAAUCAGUAUCAAGAAAGCCCUGGAUGCCAAAAUUGCAAGAUACAAGGCUCCAUUUCAUCAGUUGCGCAUUCAAUAUGGAACGAGCAAAGGAAAGAACUACACUGAGGAAGAAGAUAGAUUCUUGAUUUGUAUGUUACACAAAAUGGGCUUUGAUAGAGAAAAUGUAUAUGAAGAAUUAAGACAGUGUGUACGAAAUGCUCCACAGUUUAGAUUUGACUGGUUUAUCAAGUCUAGGACUGCCAUGGAAUUCCAGAGACGCUGUAACACUCUGAUUUCAUUGAUUGAGAAGGAAAAUAUGGAAAUUGAGGAAAGAGAGAGAGCAGAAAAGAAGAAACGGGCAGCUAAAACUCCAAUGUCACAGAAAAGAAAAGCAGAGUCAGCUACUGAGAGCUCUGGAAAGAAGGAUGUCAAGAAGGUGAAAUCCUAAAGCCUAGAAAUAAAGUUUUAAUUGGGAAACUGCUAUUUUCUUGUUCCCAUCUUCAAAUGCUAAUUGCCAGUUCCAGUGUAUUCAUGGUACUUUAAGAAAAAUCUCUUUGGUUUUGAUUUCUUGCAUAUUUUAUAUAUUUUACAAUGCUUUCUACCUGAAAUGUGUAGCUUUAUAUUUUAUGGCAUUCUAGUAUUUUUGUGUACUGUAUUUUGUGCAUUUCAUGUCUUCAUCAAAAUCCUCUCAGUCCUUGUUCUUUUGAAGCUUGUGCUGAGGUUUUAGCUUUUCUAUGUUUUAUAUGCCGCUGCUUUGAAAGAGAACCUAGAUUCUAUAGUUGUAUUAUUGUUGUUUCAUACUUUAAAUUUAUAUGGCUGUGGAAAAAUGAAUUAAAAUGAUUUGAGGAGAAAGA